UUGGCAUUAGAAUACGUUAACAACUGUAUACAUUUUGAAUACAUUUUAUUCUCUUUCGCUAAUUUGUUUACUUUUUUUCGCUCUUCUCUAUCUAACACAAUUCCAUCUCUGUUGUGUCUUAUGUGCGCUCCAUGUUCGGUGGACAGUUUUUCUUUACAUACAGUGUGCGCGCACGCGAUCACACUACACAUAAAAGAUCAACCUGAAUAUUUUCUUGUUUCAUUUGAAAUCGCUUACACACACACGACAGACACAACAAGAAUUUUGAGAGAGAAGAACAAAAUAACCAGAUCACAAAGCGAAUUAAAACUAUAUAAUAUAAAAAAGAACGAGAUUAAGAACGAAAGACAAAAAAGGAAUUAGGUCCGGCGCCAAAUCUAAAUGGAUGGAUCAAACCACAAUAAAUAAAGCAAAAUGCUUGUGCAGCCAGUAUGUGCGGGUAAAAUUAAAACGUGCUGGGAUUUUAAAUCGCAAGGUUUUGCAACGACUCCGGUAUUUCUUAGAUACGCCGACAUCAUUUGACGUUCACGAAGUAUUUCCCGCUCUCAACAUGAUGUGCGAAGAGCUGGAACGAAUGCAUCCACGAGUUUAUAUGAAUAUAUCGCGUCAUUUAUCACGGGCACCAUUCGGUGAACUUGAAGAAGCACACACCGCACCAUAUUUAUUGAAUGCCGUUGCAAAGGACCUAUUUAAAAAUGGUAUCAGUUGGGCAAAAAUCAUUUCAAUAUUCACGGUAUCAGGUGGUUUGGCUGUUGAUAUUGUGCGUCAAGGUCAUUACGAUUAUUUACCGAGACUCAUUGAAAGUACCGGCGAUAUUGUCGAAGACGAUUUGGUGCCGUGGCUCACUGAUAACGGCGGUUGGUCGGGUUUACUUGAACACAUUCGACCCAAUUACUAUUAUUUUGAUCGGCAUUUUACACGUUCGCAAUUAUUUAGCAUUGCCACAUUAGCUCUAUUUAUUGUCUAUGUUAUCACAUUCAUCAUUAGGUCAAUGAUUUCGAUGACAAACUUAUGAUUUUACGAAGAAAUUUUUAUGAAAAUAAUGUGAGAGAAGACAUCACAAAACGAUGGUACACACAACAUUUAAUUACCCAAGUACAAUCUCCAUUUUACCAAUAAUACAACACUCAUAUACUAUUAUAUAAAUAUUGGUUACGAGAACUCUAUUUAUCUAGUUGCUCAUAAUUUAUUCACUCUAUUUCAAUCGAUUUUAAUAGCUGAAAACCCUUUAGGAAUAAGCAAUUCAUUUAAUGUCUAAAUAUGUAUAUUUUAAUCGCACUUAAAUUAUUAUUGUUUAAAUAAAUUCAAGCAAGAUUUCAUGUAA